GUCCUGUGUAUGUCUUCCGAAUACUGCUGCCUCCACCGCCACCCUGCGCCAUGUGCCACUUUCGGGUCUCCUCACACUGCUGCCAGGUCCAGAGUGUGUCAUUGGUCCCUGUACGGCCUCCCAUUGCUGCUGUCUCCAUCGCCACACUCUGCCAUGUGCCACUUUCAGGUCUCCUCACACUGCUGGUGGGUUCCAUUUUGUCAUAGGGUGCUGUACGGCCUCCCAUUGCUGCUGUCUCCAUCGCCACACUCUGCCAUGUGCCACUUUCAGGUCUCCUCACACUGCUGGUGGGUUCCAUUUUGUCAUAGGGUGCUG